AUGGUUUGUCAAACUAGAAACUACCGGUGUUCGGAAAAAAGCACCCAGCUGAUUGAUGAUUCCGACAUCGAUGACGACAUAUCCGUGGGUGACAAUCGUUCCGAGACAUCCACACCAAAAAAGAUUCACGUCACAUAUGGAAAUGAUUCCGAAGAUUACGAAAGAAAGGCAGACUGUCAGAAAAGAACCGAGUCCGAAAACGAUCGUUCAACUCCCAUAGAAUAUAACACUAACCGAAUACCAAAUUCGGAGUAUUCAUCUCCAUUUAAAGAUGAUGAACACGAAUACGAAAGACCAGAAGAUUCUGUGAAGCUCUAUGAGGGGUCCCUUUUCCAACUAUAUAGACCAGACAGGGAAAGUGCGAAAGAGGCAGAAAAUGGGUUUGAAAUGGCGGGGUCUAUAUCGGAUAGUAUUUAUGGCAGGUCCAUGGAUCUUACCAAGAACUCAUUCCAGUCGCAACUAUUGGCUGGGUUUGCGGCGUCGGUGAUGGCGGGCAGUUCGCAGCGUGACGCGCAAGAUUCAGCUGAUCGUCAAUCCUCAGGGCGAAGCGGCAGUACUCCCAACUCGGGGCGGAAACCUCGUCGCCGACGCACCGCGUUCACACACGCGCAACUCGCGUACUUGGAACGCAAGUUCCGAUGUCAGAAGUACCUGAGCGUCGCUGACCGCGGAGACGUUGCUGAUGCCCUCAACUUGAGCGAGACACAAGUCAAGACAUGGUAUCAGAAUAGGAGAACCAAAUGGAAACGUCAAAAUCAACUCCGACUUGAACAGCUCCGAGCGCAAGCGGCGACGGGUGAACGGGAGCUCUCAGCACACGCGUUGCCUCUCGCUUGUGCACUCCUCCCUCCUUAUCCCGCAUAUAUGCACUGCCAUUUGUAAAGCGAGACGGAACGGCUUGUUUUUAAAUUA